GUUUGGACAUAAUCAACGGUUCGGACGGGGCAAGACACGGCAGAGGCUUUUUGUAAAUAUAAAAAAACAUUUUGGGACAGUUUUGUAAGUAUCGAAACUUGUAAAACCUAAAAUUUGACGACCUGGAGUCUGGACACCGUCAGUCCCCUUUCUCUCUGAUCUGCCGCGGCGCCUCCUCUCUUGAGUUUCUCUCUCUCUUUCGAAGUGACCCCGCGGAGCAUUUUCUUUCGUCUCCGAGGAGAUACCCGAUUGCUUGAAUAUGAGAACCCGUUGAAUAACCUGGAAACUUCAUGUCAGUUUGUGAUGGAAAUAGAAAUGAAUGGUUAAUAAGAUGAAGCAAUUUGGGGUUCUAUUUCUUUCGGUGAUCGAUAACUAAAUGAUUGAAUUUUACUAUUUUUCUGGGACUCAACUCCUUUUUCUUAAAUGGAGGCAGGGCAAUGGCAAUGGCUGCUUCCAUUCGUUGUAUGCUUCGAAAGACUGGGAAUAUUAAUGAGAAAAGUAUUCAGGGUAUCAACAGAACUUUUGGGAGCAUAGCUGCUACUAAUGUUGAUGCAACUUCUAGCGACAACAAAGACCACAAUAAUGUCCAAGCACAAGCAGACGUUCUGUUUAAUUCACUGCCUCGUGAGCCUACGACAGGCACAGUUUCCCGAACUGGUUACCGCACUGGCCCUGGGGCCGAUCGUAUACUCGGAAAAGGGAGGCAACGCAUUCUCAAACCUGUACUCAAGAAGGAAACGAGGUAUGGACGUGAACCGUCUGAUGAAUGGUUUGGUCUCAGACCAUGUGACAUCCGACCUGGCUCUUCCACAGAUACACUCUACCUAGAGAAGGUCUCUUUACCCAUGGCGUCCCCUACGAAGGUUGCCCCAAAUGUUGUACACUAAAAUGGGAAGAAGUUGACCGUAAGAAAAAGGGAUUGCCGAUACUAUUUGCUGCUGCGAGGUGGAAGGCUGGGCGUUGUCAUCGGUGUGGUGCUGCUACUCCUGCCACUGCUGCUGCUAGAAGAAGAAACAAGGGCAAGAAGGAUGUGACGCUGGAAGAAUUUAUAUCAUUUGCAACGUACUACGCAGAAAAAUAUUGUCAAACAUAUGCAGAUCCUGCUGAUAAUGCCAGGGCAGUGAAACAGGAAGUGCGAUGGGCAAUGAAGUUUUCAGGUUAUUCAAUGGGAUAAAAGGAUUUGCAUCAACAUUGGCAUAAAAGCAUGAGUAAAAUUAUGGCAUAAACAAAAGAAGAAAUUAUGUACAUCAGGGGUCAAGCCCAUAAGUUUCAUUUGUUCAAGGAAGUACAAAGCAUCUUGAAUGCAACUGCCUUUCAUGGCCCCUAAUAUGAGCCAGUGGAAGGUCAGCAUAGGUUGGUCCUGCGAGUCCUGGGGCAGCGCUAUCUCGCUGCUGCCUCCACAGGAGGAGAAUACACUGACAGGAACUAUGCUAACAACGUGUCGGAGUACAACGAUGUUAUUCGUUCUCUCAUUGUUGAGAAAAGAGAUUUCAUGUUGAAAGAUGUGUAUGGUGACAUGAUGCUUGAUGGAGUCCAACCAACGAGGCAUACCUUCCACUGGCUCAUAUUAGGGGCCAUGAAAGGCAGUCGCAUUCAAGAUGCUUUGUACUUCCUUGAACAAAUGAAACUUAUGGGCUUGACCCCUGAUGUACAUAAUUUCUUCUUUUGUUUAUGCCAUAAUUUUACUCAUGCUUUUCAAUUUUACUUUUAACCAAUGUUGAUGCAAAUUCUUUUAUGCCAUAGGUUCAUAUUUACAACUUUCUCAUCUCCCUAUAUGGGAAAUGCAAGUCAUCUGAUCGGGCAGCUCUGGUUUUGAAAGAAAUAUGAAGUGAAGCCAACGGCACAAACCUACAUAUGUCUACUCAAUGCUCGUGGAGCUGCUGGCCGCUUAGAUGAAGUGUAUGAUAUGAUACCUUCAUUUAUGCUCUGAUUUUUUUAUUUUUAUAAUCAUGCUCUGACGCUCUCACCCGACAAUGACUACAUCUCAUUAGUUGAACAGCUAACUUGCAUGCCCUUAUAAACUACGUAAGUAUAAUCUGCUCACUGUUUAAUUGUAACAGACUCCUACUGUUUAAUCCUAAACGCAUCCUAUUGAUUGUUGUCAACCAACUAAACUACAAGCAAGCUGAUUAUAGAAAGAAAAUACUUAAGAGAAACGUUUUUUUCUUUUUUCAGUUGAAGAAUUGAACUGAACCGAACCAAAUCGAAAACGGUUCACUUGCUGGUUUAAAAACCCAUUCCUUCCCAACUCGUUAAUUUUUAUUUUUUUUUCAACAUUUGUUUGCGAAACAGAAUUUGUUUUUAGCAUGUUGUUGUUAUAUCAUUGUUGUGUCAUUGAUAUUCUAUUUUGAUCAUUUCAACACCGAUAGGAUAGUCAACAUUAAACUACAAAAUUUUAAAUUAAAGGACGAAUGCUGGUAUUAGAGAGAAAAUACUUGAGAGAAACGGUUUCUUUUUUUCAGCUGAAGAAUUGAACCGAAUUGAAUCAAAGGGAACCGAGCCGGUUCACUUUGCUUGUUUAAAAACCCAUUCCUUCCCCACUCGUUUUAUACUGGUCGAAACACUUUUCCUUUUCUGGACUUGCUGUGAGUCUGUAAAGCGGAGAGCUGGGGGGAGAAGAGGAAGCUUGAAGAUUUGAAGUUGAAGAGCAGCAACAUGAGGUUCUUUUCAUUGAUGGCGGGUGUUUUUCGGCAUCGUCCAUCCAUUAAUAGCAUGCCUUUCAAGCCUUUUCAUUGGCGCGCGCGUGGGUAUGUAAGCCCAGUUGUUCACAGUAAAGCUGAUUGGGAACCUUUCGAUUGGCACAAAGUACCUGGGGUUAUAAACCCACUAGUUCGCGAUCAAGGCCUUGAAAGUACGUGCACCUUAUUUGCUGUUGCAGAAACAGUCCAAGCUGCACAUUUUUUAGCUACAGGGGAGAAUGUUUUACUCUCUCCUCGUGAUUUGGCCAUGAAUGUGAGCCAACCAUACGGUUACUACAAAGGUAAAAUGUACGGGGGCGAUAGCUAUUUUGAGGAUGCUUUUUCUUACAUGGAGCAUGAGGGCAUUCUAUUGGAGAAGGAUUGCCCUUACUGCGAUGAUUUGAUAAAGGAGGCAGCAUUCAAAGAAAAUAAAAUUGAGAGAAUAGGUAGACGUAUUUUUAUUGACUCGUAUGAGGUAAUAGAGGACGAGGAAAGCCUUUUUAGAGCUUUGACAACUCGACCGGUUGUAGUGGAUUUGUUCGUAAAUGAAGAUGGAUCGUGGGACAAGUACAAGGAAGGCAUUUACAACACCGACUUUAGCAAGCCCAACAGUCCGCAUUGUGUGACCAUCAUAGGUUGGGGCAUAGACCAAGAGACAGGAGAAGAAUUUUAUAGAAUCAAGAACUCAGCAGGAGAAUGGGGGCAAGGCGGCUUUGCCAUGGUAUCGAAGAAUACAAUAGAGCGAUUUAUCUCAGCUGGUUAUCCAAUUAUACUUGGAGGGUGCCUUGGUGAGGAGAAAGGAGGAGAAAGGAACUAUGCUAGAGAUGGUAUAUCCUUCCUUUUAAGGAGCGAUUGUGAUUGAACAGUUGUUUGAACUAGCUCUUGGUGCUUAUUUGAUGCUGCUUAAGCUCUCGCCUUGUAUUUUUCGGGUUUUGGUUUUCGCUUGCUGUUUGUGAGUUUUAAGAGUUUGAGGAGGAGUCUUGUUAGAUGAUGAGUUGACAAAUUAACGUUCGUACUGGACUUUGUUAUGAAUCUAAACUAAAGCUAGCUUAGUGCGGCUUUAGCUUUGUUAAUUUGAGGUGUUUUGGAUAUUACUAUAUAUACGCCUAUCUAUCCUCUGAUCUCAAGUAACAUGACACCAUCUAAAGUUAA